GACUGCUAUGAAUGUUGGGCCUUUGCAAUGCAUUUUGGAGGUCACUACUGCACAUUUGAUGUGUAGGAGGUUGACAGGUAUGGCUGUAGGUAAGUGGUAGUUGUGCAAGAGUAUUCUUGGGGUGAGCUCUGGGUUGUGGAGAAUGCCUCCUGUGCUGCAGGGGAGAGCUGUGAGCUUGGUGGAACGUUCAGCGUUAACAGAGCACUCGGGACAGGAGGAGGAAGAUGCCAGCUGAGAUGGACAGAGCUCCUGGACUCCGUGAAUAAAGAUGAACAGAGCUUGUGUGAAGAGGUGGGCCUGGGUAGUAGUUACAUUGAGGAGGAAUUUCUCCAGUGAAAGGGGAAGUUGGUGUGUUGAUAAAGUAUGUUUCCAGGUAAAUACAAAACUCAGAUGUAUAACCAAGGAGCAGGGUGAUGACUCACUGGUGUGUUCUGAGCCUGGGGCAGAUUGUGUCAGUAAACAAGUUAUGGGAUAUCCCUGAUGCAAAUAUCACCCUGCAGACACUGAUGGUACAGUUUCUGAAUCACACCCAGCUCUUCAAGGACAAGGAAUGACAGAUGAACCCACCUGGCUGUGUCUGACAGUGCUGACAUGUCCAUGGACUUUGGUUAUGCUUCUAGACUUACAGUGGGGGCAAGAAAUCUCUGACUCUAUUCACAUCUAUUCAUCCAACACAAGUUUUCUUUGGCUAAGGAGGUUUUGUGGUUGCAUUUUACACCUGACACACUUUGUGCCUUAGGAAGCAGAGCAGGCAAGCUGCAGUGGAAGGCUUACUGGGUCAUAUUUGUUCUCAAAAACUCAAUUGGAUUUAUUCUUCUUCCCUUUCUAUGUUAGGAAAGUAGCUCCUGAGGCAGGAAUACGAAGUAGAGGUGGACAGUGUGGUUUUCACAUGCAGCAGCCUCAGUGCAAAGUCCCCAUCUCCAUCCCAGUGCUAAAAUCAGCACGUGUAGAGGGGCAGGAUCUGAGUGUCAGUGUGGGAAUGUGAGUGCUGUUGGGACUGGCAAUGCAGAAACCACUCCCAAAGUGAGGAUGGUUUUUGGUGGUGACAUGGUUUCCAAAGAUGUUGGUUUCCAAGGUGAAUGCAGAGAUGCAGCACAAACCCUGUUGACUUCCACAGUGCAGUGCACAGCAUCCAGAGGCCAGUCUAAUUAAAGGAAGAUCUUAAUAAGAUCCCAGAUUUUUAGAGCUGGAUGGCUGCAAAGGGUUAAGUCACCGUAUUUUCCAGUCUUCUCAUCCCAUUUUGGACUUUUUUUUUGGUCAUGUUAUUAAUAGAACAAGACAAUGAGACUUCCAAGUCAGUGAAGUGACACUGUCACAGCUCCAAGGCUGGGAGGCUCAGAGCAACCCCGGGGCAAAACCAGGAUCUUUCCAGUUACUUGCAGAGGAGGGGAGAGGCAUGUAGCAGAGAUGAAAGCCUGGAUGGGCAGAUGCUGAAUGUCACUGCACCCAGUUGCAACUCAUUAUCACAUUUACCUCUCCAUGUGAAUUUUGUCAUCUCCCUGCAGGCAGUAAUUAGAGUGGGCUGAAUGGGAGAUCUCAUUUGGGUUUGGGAGUGAUCCCAGCGUUGGUCAGGACAUUAAUUGGCUGACUGUGAAGCAGUGCUGCUUUAAUUGACAAACAAGGCUCCCAGCACUGACAGCUGACACAGCCCUGAAAGCCUCCUGUGUUUUCCAAGGGGUGAUGUUACAAGAAAUGGGGCUGUAAUGUCUGAAACUGAGAGCCAUUUGUGUGCAUUUCACACCAGGAAUCCAUCUCCCCUACUCAUUUGUCAGCUUCUGGUUUCUGAGUCCUUGGGUCUUGUCCUGUCAUUUGGAAGUGGGGAAGCCAUGCCUGUUUCUACUGUGUUCUCAAGCUGGACCAUGCCUGGCUGGCUUCUGUGUGAAGUGGUGUGGGGACAGGGUCUCCUGCUAUGGGGACAGGGUCUCCUGUGCCACUGGAGUCACACCAUCUGGGCUCGGUAUCUGCUUUGCUUCUGCAGUUUAGUGUCAAAGCUACUUUGCUGUUCUCUCAUCUGGGUUGUGUGGAUGGCUUACAAGUAAUGACAUCAUCCAAGAGCUCUAAGAGGCCACCUCACAUCCUUCCUGAGCAGCAUCUGUGUUCCCUUCCAAUCUUGGGGAACUCUGGCCUGGCUUCACCGUGGGUGCCAAAGCCCUUCGGCUUCUACCACAGUCACUGUGAGCUGCGGGUGCUCUUUGCUCACAGUGAGGCCACCUUCCCUGAGACACAUGCUGAAGAGAUCACACACUGCUGUGCCUUGUGAAGAACAGUGUUGAGUGGUAGAGGAGGAAGGAUAUCAGUCCUUUCCCAGUGCCCUCAAGAUGAGAUGUCUGAGUCCGGCCAGUCCUCAGCAGCCGCCACGCCGAGCACCACCGGCACCAAGUCCAACACGCCCACGUCAUCCGUGCCCUCUGCUGCUGUCACCCCCCUGAACGAGAGCAUCCAGCCUGUCACCGAGUGCAAUGGCACAGCCAAGAGCAACAAGAGGGCGCGAGAGAAGCGGAACAGCCGCAACAUGGAAGUCCAGGUCACGCAGGAGAUGAGGAACGUCAGCAUAGGAAUGGGCAGCAGUGAUGAGUGGUCGGAUGUUCAGGACAUCAUAGACUCUACUCCAGAGCUGGAUAUGUGUCAAGACCCUCGCCUGGAACGCACUGGGAACAGCCCAACACAGGGGAUUGUGAACAAAGCAUUUGGCAUCAACACAGACUCUCUGUAUCAUGAACUUUCCACGGCAGGGUCCGAGGUUAUCGGGGACGUGGAUGAAGGAGCAGAUCUGCUAGGGGAGUUCUCAGGAAUGGGCAAAGAAGUGGGGAAUCUGCUGCUGGAGAACUCGCAGCUCCUGGAGACCAAAAAUGCUUUGAACGUUGUGAAGAAUGAUUUGAUUGCCAAGGUGGACCAGCUGUCUGGAGAGCAAGAAGUGCUGAAGGGAGAGCUUGAAGCAACAAAGCAAGCCAAAGCCAAAAUGGAAACCAGAGUCAAGGAGCUGGAGGAGGAGCUGAAAAGAGUGAAAUCUGAAGCGAUUGUUGCCCGACGAGAACCCAAAGAGGAGGUGGAGGAUGUAAGCAGCUAUCUCUGUACAGAAUUGCAGUGCUCCUCCCCCCUGCAGGACAACAUUCCCAUAGCCCAGCGCCGCCGCUUCACCCGCGUGGAGAUGGCCCGAGUGCUCAUGGAGAGGAACCAGUACAAGGAGAGGCUGAUGGAGCUCCAGGAGGCUGUCAGGUGGACAGAGAUGAUCAGAGCUUCCCGCGAACACCCCUCCGUCCAGGAGAAGAAGAAAUCCACCAUCUGGCAGUUCUUCAGCCGCCUGUUCAGCUCCUCCUCCAGUCCCCCACCUGCAAAGAGAACCUACCCAUCUGUGAACAUCCACUACAAGUCUCCCACCACAGCAGGGUUCAGCCAGCGCCGCAGCCACACCAUGUGCCAGAUCUCGGCCGGGAGCCGGACCCUGGAGUUCUUCCCUGAGGAUGACUGCACGUCGUCGGCGCGGCGCGAGCAGAAGCGGGAGCAGUACCGGCAGGUCCGCGAGCACGUGCGCAACGACGACGGGCGGCUGCAGGCCUGUGGCUGGAGCCUCCCUGCCAAGUACAAGCAGCUGAGUCCCAACGGUGGCCAGGAAGACACCCGCAUGAAGAACGUCCCUGUGCCUGUCUAUUGUCGCCCACUCGUAGAGAAAGACCCCACCAUGAAGCUGUGGUGUGCAGCUGGAGUCAAUCUCACGGGAUGGAGACCUGUGGAGCAGGAGCCUGGCAACGGGCAGAAGCUGGACCCUGGACGUGAUCCUCUCACCUGUGACAGGGAAGUGGAAGGGGAGAACAACAAAAGUAACCACACAUCUCCUGAAAAGAAGAAGGCAAAGGAGCUCCAUGAAAUGGAUGCCACGUCCAGUCGUGUCUGGAUCCUCACUAGCACGCUGUCCACCAGUAAAGUGGUGAUUAUCGACGCCAAUCAGCCUGGCACCGUGGUGGAUCAGUUCACUGUCUGCAAUGCUCACGUGCUCUGCAUCUCCAGCAUCCCUGCUGCCAGUGAGAGCGAUUACCCUCCAGGGGAGAUCUUCCUGGAGGGAGACAUCAACCCCGAGGAGUCGUCGGGAGCAGACGGUGUCCUGGCAGGAAUCACUCUGGUGGGCUGUGCCACCCGCUGCAACGUGCCACGGAGCAACUGCUCCUCUCGUGGUGACACACCUGUGCUGGACAAGGGGCAGAGUGAGGUGGCUGCUGUCUGCAACGGGAAAAUCAACCAGUCCCAGUCUACUGAGGAGGCAACAGAAGCUACAGAGGUGCCAGAGAACGGUGCAAGCGAGGCAGAGGCGGCUCAGGCCCAACCUGGGCCCCUCACAGAGCACAUCUUCACAGAGGCAGUUCCUGAGCACACACCCCUCAGGCAGAACGGGGAGAAUGGGCAGCUGAAGACAGAGCCAAGCACAGUGGUGCCAGAGCAGGAGUCGAACGGGGACGCGUCCGGCGCCUGCACCAGCGCAGCACCCACCAUGUGGCUGGGGGCACAGAAUGGCUGGCUCUACGUGCACUCAGCUGUAUCCAACUGGAAGAAGUGUCUGCACUCCAUAAAGCUGAAGGACUCUGUCCUGAGCCUGGUGCAUGUGAAAGGGAGGGUUCUUGUUGCUCUGGCAGAUGGGACAUUAGCCAUAUUCCACCGGGCAGAAGAUGGGCAGUGGGAUCUCAGUAACUACCACCUGAUGGACCUGGGUCACACUCACCAUUCCAUCCGCUGCAUGGCCGUUGUCUACGAUAGAGUGUGGUGUGGCUACAAGAACAAAAUCCACGUGAUCCAGCCAAAGACGAUGCAGAUUGAGAAGUCCUUCGACGCCCACCCCCGGCGGGAGAGCCAGGUGCGGCAGCUGGCGUGGAUCGGGGACGGCGUGUGGGUGUCCAUCCGCCUGGACUCCACGCUCAGGCUCUACCAUGCCCACAGCCACCAGCACCUGCAGGACGUGGACAUCGAGCCUUACGUCAGCAAGAUGCUGGGCACAGGCAAGCUGGGCUUCUCCUUCGUGAGGAUCACAGCCCUGCUCAUCGCUGGCAACCGCCUCUGGGUCGGGACAGGGAACGGCGUCGUCAUCUCCAUCCCACUGACUGAGACUGUAGUCCUCCACCGAGGCCAACUCCUUGGGCUCCGGGCCAACAAGACGUCCCCCACGUCUGCAGAGGGCGGCCGCGCCGGCGGCGUCAUCCACGUGUACGGCGACGACAGCAGCGACAAGUGCGCCAGCAGCUUCAUCCCCUACUGCUCCAUGGCCCAGGCACAGCUCUGCUUCCACGGCCACCGCGACGCCGUCAAGUUCUUCGUGUCCGUGCCGGGCAAUGUCCUGGCCACGCUGAACGGGAGCGUGCUGGACAGCCCGUCAGAGAGCCCCAGCACAGCAGCCACGGACACCGAGGGGCAGAAGCUGAAGAACGUGCUGGUGCUGAGCGGGGGCGAGGGCUACAUCGACUUCAGGAUCGGGGAUGGAGAAGACGAUGAGACAGAGGAGAACACAGGAGACGCCACCCAGGUGAAGCCAGUGCUUUCCAAGGCUGAAAGGAGCCACAUCAUUGUGUGGCAGGUGUCCUACAUCCCCGAGUGAGCGGCGCUCCCUCCCCACGUGUGACGUCCCUGCUCCCGCCCGAAUGCCCAGCUGUACAUACACCACCUGCAUCCCUCCUGCUGCUGGAAACCGACCCCAGGCCACCACAACGGCUCCUGCCUCGGACUCUCACCCCCUGCAGCCUCGGAACUUGCAGCUCUCACCUUGGGCCCGUGUGCUUGGAUGGUUGUUCUGCUCUGGAACUGGCAUCUACAAAGGAGAGAAAUGGCAGGGCACGGAGGAGGGGGAGCUGGAGCUGGAUGGAGGGGGGUGGCUCAGGGUCUCUGGCAGCUCACCUCGCUCCCUCCUGCAUGAGAAGUGCAUCCCUCACUGAAGCACUGAACCACAGCUGCAGCAGAAAUCCUUUCCACUUCACCAGUGGACUCUCCACCUUACGCACCUCCAGCACAGAAUCCUGUCCCCCGGACCCAGAGCAGCCAGGUUCCAAGCAGCCCUCAGCAGAAAGGAGUGUGAGGGCUCAGGCAGCUCUGCAGUUUGGCUGGAGGAGGCAGCAGUGCCGUUGCUGUGGGGAAACACGUCCUCUGUGCUCGCAGGAGGAGAAGUCUCCCUCCUCUGCUGCUGGGUGACCCCCUGUGGCAGAGAGGAUGGUUUGGAGGCCUGAGGUGGGAGCUGGGUGCUUGAUGGUGGAGGCCACAGGGCUGUUGGAAACCGUGGUAGCAAAAAGGUACUGGAACUGUGCUUUGUUUUAGGAGCAGAGAAAGCAGCAAUACUUUUUGACCCCCCCCUUGCAGAAACACCAGGCAGAAAGGAACUCUGGGGUACAUCCUGCAGCGUUCAGCUGUCUCUGUGUAGCAUUUGGUGGCUUCUCAAACACAGGGGAGGGAGGAGGAUGUUGGGCAGCCCUGGCCUCUGCAUGAACACCUGGAGGUGACUUUGCCUCUGAGGCUGCAUCCCCACCCUGGGAGCUGCUGGAAGGGGAGUGAAGGCUGUUUUCCUUCACUGGUUGUCAGUGAGGGGACACUGUGUGGGGGCAGUCGAGGUGUAGAAAGGCUCUGUCUUCACAGGAAAGGGGAUUUAAGGCCAGAUCUUCUCACCCCCUUUACCCAGUGUCACAAGCACUGGGUUUGUUAGUGAGCAGGUUGAAAAGCUGGAAACGUCUGACUCUUGAGGAGAACUGACAACCCCUGAGAGAGAUGCUGAGAGAGAUGCUGGGGGCCCUCCAGGUGUGAGCAGUGCUGGGGGACUGCAGAGCUGCAUCCUGCAACAAAACAUGGGGCAAGGGAGAGAGGUUUUGAGCUCCAGCUGCAGAACACAGCAGCUCCAGACGUAGUUGCAAAGGUUUGUUCUCCCUUUCUGACAGCAGAAACAGCCCCAUCUCCACAAGGAUGAGCUCUGUUCCCUUUGAGCACUCCCUCCCGUGCAGGACUAGAGCAGGGAGCAGUUGUUAGCAGUGGGUUUGGAAGCUCCUGGGGAUCAUUCUGUUUCUUCCCUGGGCUGUGCAGCACUCUGGGCUCAUAGAAUCACUGAAUGGUGGGGGUUGGAAGGGACUUUUAGGGGUGAUGCAGUCCAGAGCCCUGCUAAAGCAGGUCCCACCUAGAUCAGGUCCAGAAGGAUGUCCCUGUGCAGUGGUUUGAGGAGAGCUGGGGGCUGCCUCCCUCUCCCAGGGAGCUCCCAGCUGUGUCCUCUGCCUGUCCCUACGGACCAGGCUGCUCCUUGUGAGCUGCAGGGAUGUGGCAUUCCCAGGGCAAGCUCUGCCACGUGGCACCUGUCCUGAUGGAGCAGCACUGAGCUGCUUUUUGGGCUCACAGUUGAGAAAAGGCUGGGGCAUCCAUUGCCCCUGCAAGGAGGCAAGAGGAUGUCUGUGGGGAGCCAGAGCACAGAGCCACCGUGGUGCCCGUGACUGAGGUGGGAGAGCAGCUGGGUGGUGACCUCAGCCACUGGCCCCACUGGGGCUGAGGGGGGUUUGCAGCCACCUCCUGUGUGGGGAUGAACCAGGCCAGGCUUCCCCUUCACCUCCCCAAAGUGCUUUCUGCUAGGAACAGCUCUUUGGGUCACAACAGAGUGUGUUAAGUCCCUGGCUCUGUCCCCUCUCCCUUAGGCAAACAAGGAACUGCAACGUUUUUACCUCUUCUGCCUGUUCUGCAGCUGGUUUCAGCAGCCAAGUGACAGCACUCCAUCUCCUGUCACCACAGAGCCCUGGCAACACCAGGAGACCCACCUGGGGCCUCUCCCCCCCAUGUUCCUUCCCCAGCUCGCUGCGUGUCGUCCCACGAGACGCUGCCAUGGGAGAGGGGCAGAAGCAGCCUCUGGUGCCAGCUCCUGGGGCAGCUGCUGCCUGGCUGGGCACCAAGGUGCCAACUGAGGGGCUUCACCACCACCCCCCCGUCAUACCUCCACUGUGAUGUAUGUAAAGUACCUUGUAUGUUACAAAAGGAUUUUAAAACAAACAAAAAGUGUCUUAAAGGCCUGUAAACUGCGCUGCUGGCUCUGAGAGGGCAUCUGGCAAGAGACUGCUGUACCUUCCCCUGCUUCCUCCCCUGUGCUACCAGACAACAAACCAUAGCUGUUCUGUAUGUAAUAAACGUGGUCACAUCA